AUGUUGCCCGUAUCCAGCAUUGUGAUCGGUGGAUUUAGAAAAUUAAGAGGUUUCUCGAGAUGUUUGCAAGCGGCGCAACUAAUUUGCUACAAUGGAACACUAGAGAAUCCGAAAAUAGUCCCGCUGGAGUCACCACUGGCACUUAUUAACUCCUCGUGCAUCGAUACGCAACGCGUCACAAAGUUCUUUGUUCACGGUUACAACCGGAGUUCGACUAACGAGGAGUGUACGGGAGUUAUGUCCGCUUACAUUUCUAGGGGCGGUGUCAACACGAUAGUGCUGGAUUGGGGGGAGGAAGCAAAGACAGGGGUCAUGGGUGUUAUUAUGGGAUAUUUUAAUGCCGUCAAAAACACUGCAAUCAUAGGAAAGCAGUUCGCGGAUGCGUUGUUAACCUUGGCCGACGCUGGCUUGGACUUUGACAAGACCCAUCUGGUGGGCCAUUCCCUGGGGGCACAAGUAAGCGGCAUUACAGGAAACCUAAUUAAGAGACAAGGAAAAGCUAUUUCGCGAAUAACAGGAUUGGACCCCGCCCUUCCCUUAUACGAAGGUCUGACUGUUAUUAUUGGAAUUAAUAAGGACAGUGCGAGUUUCGUCGACGUCAUUCAUAGCGAUGCGGGGCAAUACGGCAUUAUGGGAAGCGCAGGUACAGCUGACUUCUGGCCCAACUACAGACUCACCAGCAAGGUACAGCCAGGCUGUCCUACUGGACCUUAUCCCCUGCUCAACGAAGAAGGUUUAUGCAGCCACACGCGAUCGUGGAUGUUCUUCAUUGAGUCAAUAUAUGUAGCCGACGCAUUUCUAGCCGCCAGCGAACCCAAUUAUGAAACCUGGAUACAGAAUAACGGAACAACAGAGGACAUCGCUUGCAUGGGAGAAUAUGUGUCGAACGACGCACAAGGCAAUUAUUAUCUGGAUACAAAUGGUCAACCUCCGUACGGAAAAGGGAAAGCUGGUCUCACGCCGAAUCGUGGGACGAGAAGU